AUGUCGCAGCCGAGAUAUCAGCUUGUGUGCUACAUCUUCGUUCUUUUUACCAUCAUCGCGUUGUUUGAUGGACGCGUACGCGCGAUAGAAGUUACCGCUGACUCGCAGUGCUCCAACUUCUGCAUCAACUCGCCCGGCCUUAACGUCUCGGACAUCGCCAGCUCGCAGACAUUCAGCGGCGACCUGAGCUGCCUGGACUCGGACUACGAUGGCACCAACGAGACUGCAAUAGGCCGCAAGUUUAGGACGUGCGUGAGCUGCGAGCAGAAUAGCACGGCUGUCGACACCGUCAACGAGGAGAACGAUGUCUACUGGUUUUUGUUCAACAUCAAGUCCACGGUAGCCUGGUGCGUCCAAGGUUUCUUCCAGGACGAGCAGAACCCCAACGCGACCCUCGCAAACUCGGAAUGCCAUGCCGCAUGCGACCCUAUUGGCAAUGCGAUCGAGGACCGACUCAAAGAGACGAACGAGACGCUUCAGUACAACUACUGCGAGUCGAACAAUGGCGCGUUCAUGUCAGGCGUCGAUGAUUGCUCAAAGUGUCUGUACGGCGUGGAUAAUGUGAAGAUUCUUGGGAAUUUUCUCAGCGCACUCAAGUCAGCAUGCCAACAAAAACCCUCUCUCAGCUCCACCAUCUCCCUCAGUACGAAUGUGUUCUCCGUCGCAACUUCCACGUCCCCCGGGUCCUCCACAUCGCCCACCACAUCAUCAACAUCCUCACCAUCCUCACCAUCCUCUGACUCCUCUGACUCCUCCCUCUCCGGUGGCGCAAUAGCCGGCAUAGUAAUCGGGGCCAUCGCCGGGCUCGCCAUCCUCUGCGGCCUCGUAUUCCUCGUUCUCCGCCGACGAAAACGUAGCUCUCCAUAUACACAGGGCGAGUUGGACGGCAGGGGGAUGCAGAAUAUGCCGCCGCAUAUGCAAGAGUAUAAGCAAGGCCCCGGAUCUGGGCACAGUCAGGUGCCGGUAUAUGCGCAGCAGGCGCCUAUGGAGAUGGGGGCUGAGAGGCCGCCGGUGGAGUUGCCGGGGACGGGGAGCGGAAUGAAGAGUCCGAGGUUUGAGAGGAGGAAGUGA